UCUGGAAAGUUCCUGAACAAUGAAAAGAAGUCUUCUCAGGAAGCUCGUGUAACCCUUCAAUACAAGUCCACCAGCCACUUCGAGUCACUGACUAUGGAGCAGCUCCGCACAGAUGCUAUCGAAUUCCCGGAUUUGUUUUACAAAGACAUCGCCACUCACGUCGUCACAGGGAUUGUGUACGGAGCAGACGCAAACUUCGUCUUCGGUAAGAAGGUCGGCUCUUCUGAGACGGUCCGUGAAGUCGAGGGGAAGAUGAACGCCGUCAUAGGGAAAAUCAAUGGCGCUUUUUCCGCCGAAGGAAAUGCAUCUGUGAAUCUGAACGAAGAGGAAAGAGAAGGAACAACUCAUUUCCAUUGCAAAUACCAUGGAGACCUCCUACUCCCGAAAAAUCCAACCACGUUCCAGGACUGUAUUGACUUAUACAAACUGCUGCCAACCCUCUCUUCUCAAGAAAAUAGUGUCCCGAAGUGGGUGCAUCUCUACCCUCUGCAUAAACUGGACAAUAGAGCAGUUCAAAUUAUUCGGGAAAUUAGCAUGGGAAUUGUGCAGGAUAUAGAAGGGAUUUUAGAGGCCUUGCAGGCUGCGAAAGUCCGUGCGAACGACUUGGCGGACUCGAUUGUGUCUCAUCACUUCUCUGGAAUCCGUGUUCAGAUGGCUACCUUCAAGUCGCUUGUUGAUAGAUUCAAGACCAAUUUCCAGAAGCGUAUUUUGCCUCAGUUGAAGUCUGUUCGUGGCUGCCUGGACGAAGAGACCUCUCUCUCUAAAAUAAUUCAAGAAUCGAUAGAAUCCCCUUUUAAUAAGGAGAAACUCUACAUCUGGCUGGCGGAGAAAGAAACAGAAACAAAAAUUUUAGAAAGAUACCUCGAAUUCUUUAAAGGAGCCACGCUUGCAUUUGCUCCUGGCGAUUUCUUCAAUGUCAUUCACGAUAUGAAGAUAACGCAUGCCGUCAGUUUCGUCUUCCAAGUCACUCCGAAAACGGAUGAAUAUUUGGAACAGAUGACUCAGUUCGUGGAUGGGAAGAUGGACGGAUUCUCCCUAAAGCAGGACAUUCAAACGUUUUGGUACAAGGAUAAAAAAAUCAUAGAAGCAUUGCAAACCAAUGCCAGACAUUUUAUGGAAUUCCUUAAUGCUAACGAGAGUCACAGUCACUUGAAAUUCGUUGUGACAGAGUAUCAACUGAGAGAGAAGAUUCAUGACAUCGUCCUAUACGAAAGAGGUGUCCCAAGAUCCUUCGUUCCCCCAGGGAAGCCAGGAGUCCCGAAGCUUAUUAAAGUGACACACAAUUCCAUACAUUUUAAUUGGAAGCCACCUCUCUGCGGAUCCGAAAAUUUGGAAAAAUACGAAGUGUUGUAUAAAUCGACCGAAGCCAACGACUCUUGGAAGGAGCAUACGAUACACAAGAAGAGAGAAAAAGUUGUCAUCUCCAGCCUAACUCACAGCUUGUCAACGAUGGAGGAGCUUGAACAAGAAGAGAAGGUUUUGGAGAAAUACAAAGCUCAAAUAGAGGCAAACAAAGAAUUUCGUUACAAGGUGAAGGAGACUCAUCAGCGGCAAAUUGACUUGGCAGCAGGAGAAUACGUGACCAACUGCCUCACAUGUAACAGAACUUGCCACUUUCCUGGUGGUAUCGCUGACGAUGGAGAUAAGAAAAAUUGCGCUGCGAUGACGGAGGAUGUUACGUGCGAGAUAUGCCCCAACAAAUGUGAGUGGCAUCGACAUCGCAAUAACCAAUACCGCUUCGAGCUGGUUGAAGUAGAAGUUGAAAGGACUUCAGAGGAUCUCAAGAAACGCCUCAAUGCUGGAACCAAGGGGAAGUGGAGAACCAAGAAGAUGAUCAACAAGCUUAAGGAAGAAAUAAAGAGAGAAGAGAAUCAAUUUCGGUCUAAGGUCUUUCGUGCACAUGCGUGCAUUAAGAGACUGGACGAAAUCGCCUUGAAACCCGAUCCCUUGACUAUCUUGGAUUACAUUGACUUGCUCAUCCAGUCAGAGAAGCAAGAAAAAAAGCCAGGUUUCUCAGAUAAAGUUGCUAUGCUAUACAAACAAAGAGAGCAUAUCGCAUUGCUUCAACAGGUUCGCAAGGGGGAAAACCCGUUUGACAAAGGGUUGGGGUCCACUGCGUGA